AUGGAGGGGGACGGAGGGGCCCGCACGCCGCAGGGACCCCGGUUGGCAAAGCGGGCUGCGGUCGCUUCUGAGGCAGGGGCCGAGGCGGCCGCCCGUGCCGGCGUGCGGGGACUCAGGAAGGUUGUGGCGGCGCCGCCGGCCCAAAAGGGAGACGGCAUGAGGCCUCGGGACCAGGCGGUUUGGAGGGACCCGGCCGUGCCAGCAGCAAAGCGCCGCCGCACAGCGCCAGAGGUGGCCGCCGGGUCUGCAGGCGGCGGCGGCGCGGCCGCGCCGGCCUGGGCAGGGCGCGGCCCCCUGCACGGGCGCGCCCGCGGGCAGCAGCGCGUCGCGGCGCCCCACUGGCGGCGCCCCGCAUCAGAGUCGGAGGAGCAGCGGGAUCAGGAGCAGCAGCAGCAGCGGGCGGCCAAGCGGCAGGGGUAUGACAGCAAGCAGCAGCUUAGGGGCGCGCAACCACACCCCAAGCGCCAGCCCCUGCGUGCCCUCCAGCCGAAGUCGUGUCAAGAUGGCCGCGGCGGCGGUCUGGCACCAGCAGGCGCCAGGCAGGCCGCCUGCGCUGGCGGCGCGGCGCAGCUGCGCCCCAAGGGGGCGCCGCAGGGGCUGGCCGCGGGUGGCGCAGGUUUGGAGCGGGUUGCGAAAGAUGACGGCCGGCCGCAGCGCAGCAACGUGUUGCAGCGGCGGCGGCGGCGGCAGCAUUGCCAGGAGAUGGCAGAGCAGAGGAUUGAGGAGUGGGAGGACCAGGAUGCUUUGUCCGAUGAGUCAGAAGCUGACGAGGACAGCGACUAUGCGGCUUCCAGCGGCGGCUCCGAUGCGGCAAGCGACACACAGGUGCUGGGCUGCUCGCCGUUUUCAGCAGAGGAGGAGGCUGACGAAGAUGCGGAGGAGGAAGGCGCCUGGAUGGAGGGUCCUGGCGGAAGCAGCAUAAGCACCGGCAGCAGCAGGGACAGCGGCAGCGAGCCCGAGGGCGACGAGCGGGGUGCCGGCGCGCGACGACGCCCCCCGCGGAAGCGGCGCGCCUCGCCGGCGCCGCGGCCGCGGAGGCGGGCGGCCGGUCGGGACGCGUGCCGCGUGCGCGCAGACCAGCACAUUCGCGGAGCACGCCACCCGCGCGUGCGAGAGACGCCCCUCUCGGCAGCCGAAGUCGCGGCGGCCGCGGCAGCGGCGCUUGGGGGGGCCCGCUCGCGGCAGCAGGAGCCCCCCCACGCUCCACUGCUGCGGCUGCGCCACGGCCCGCUCGCCCCCGAGCCCGCGCCCGCCGCCGCCCGCACCUCCCCUCGGCCGGGCCAGACACCGGCCAUCGCGGCGGUGGUGGCCGCGGCGGCGGCCGCGGCAGCCGCUGUUGUGCGCAGGGCUGUGUGCAGCGUCUCAGGCGGCGCUGCCGCGGCGGCGACACGACAGGAGCGGCGUGCGGCCGCGGUCGGCGCGCAGCAUGGCGCUGAGGCGGCGAGCAGGGUUCCAGCGAAACACACCGCGGCGGGGCGCCGCGCCCCUGCGCGCUGA